AUGAAAGUGAACGUUUGUCUGAGUGACAGCAGCUGCAGUCGAGAGAAGUCUCUGUGUUUCUCUCUAAAGAAACUUUCAACUGAAUCCAGCAGGUUUUUAUCAACAACACAGCAGAAUCUCUGCCAAACACUGAGUGUAGAUAUGUCUGCUGCCAGCUGUCUGCUGACUGAAGAUCAGUUUCUGUGCUCCAUCUGUCUGGAUGUGUUUACUGAUCCAGUCACCACACCAUGUGGACACAACUUCUGUAAAACCUGCAUCACUGAACACUGGGAUGUUAAUGUCCUAUGCCAGUGCCCCAACUGUAAAAAGGUUUUCAACACUAGACCUGAGCUGCAGGUCAAUACUUUCAUCUCUGAGAUGGCUGCUCAGUUCAGACAGUCAGCUCAACAGAAAGCCAGCAGUAGCAGCUCAGAGCAACAAGCUGCCAAACCAGGAGAAGUUCCCUGUGACGACUGCACUGGAACCAAACUGAAGGCCCUGAAGUCCUGCCUGGUGUGUCUGGAAUCCUACUGUGAGACUCAUCUGGAGCGUCAUCUGACAAGAUCAGCUCUGAAAAGACAUCAGCUGAUCGACCCUGUGGAGAACCUGGAAGGCAGGAUGUGUACGAAGCACGAGAAACUGCUGGAGCUUUUCUGUAAGACUGACCAGAUGUGCGUCUGCAUGCUCUGCACUAUUUCAGACCACAAGAUACAUGAUGUUGUUCCUUUGAAAGAAGGAUAUGAUGGAAAGAAGGCCGAGCUGGAGGCUGAAAUUCAGCAGAUGAUCCAGAAGAGACGACUGAAGAUUCAGGAGAUGAAACACUCAGUGGGGCUCAGUAAGGAAGAUGCAGACAGAGAGAUAGCAGUUGGUGUUCAGGUCUUCACCGCUCUGAAGGAGUCUGUUGAGAGAAGCCAGGCCGAGCUCAUCGACAUGCUCAAAGAGAAGCAGAGAAAGACAGAGAAACGGACUGAAGGCUUCAUUAAAGAGCUGGAACAGGAGAUCUCUGAGCUGAAGAAGAGAAGCACUGAAGUGGAGCAGCUCUUACUCUCUGAAGACCACCUCCACCUCCUCCAAGGCUUCCCGUCCCUGAACGCUGCUCCACCCACCAAGGACUGGACAGAAGUCAGCGUCUGUCCAUCUUCGUAUGAGGGGACUGUGGUGAGAUCUGUGAAUCAGCUGGAGGAGACGCUCAGUAAACAGAUGAAGAAGCUGUUUGAGGCCGAGCUGAAGAGGGUCCAGCAGUCUGCAGUGGAUGUGACACUUGAUCCUGAUACAGCACAGCCCUGGCUCAUCCUGUCUGAUGAUGGAAAACAAGUUAAACAGGGUGAUGUAAGGAAGAAUCUCCCAGACAACCCAGAGAGAUUUGAUUAUUGUUCUUGUGUCUUAGCAAAGCAGAGUUUCUCUUCAGGAAGGUUUUACUACGAGGUUCAGGUUAAAGGGAAGACUCAGUGGGAUUUAGGAGUGGUCAGAGAGUCGAUCAACAGGAAGGGACAAAUCACAGUGUCUCCUCAAAAUGGUUACUGGACGAUAUGGUUGAGGAAUAAAAAUGAGUACAAAGCUCUUGCUGACCCUAGAGUAUGUCUCUCUCUGAAGUCUCAGCCUGAGAAGGUGGGGGUGUUUGUGGAUUAUGAGGAGGGUCUGGUCUCCUUUUAUGAUGUUGAUGCUGCAGCUCUUAUCUACUCCUUUACUGGCUGCUCCUUCACUGAGAAACUCUACCCACUCUUUAGUCCUGAUCUUUACUAUGGUGGUAAAAACUCUGCCCCUCUGAUCAUCUCUCCUGUCAAUCACACUGAGUAGAACAACCAUUUGAUUUUCUACAGAAUGAUUCACUUUCAUUUAUUGUAAUGUACAUUUUUUUGGUUGUUUUCCGCAGUGAAAUCUUGGAAAUAUUAGGAGCACUAGGAGUAGACAGAGGAAUAUUAUUUUUUUCACAUAAUAUCUGUCUCAUGCACUACUGUCAGGAUAUAGUGACAGUUUUAUAAAAAUAACUUUUUAUCAUAUUUGCUCAAAGUUACCGUUUGAAAAGGCUGCCUUUCUCCCUUUUCACUGGGCUCUGUUCCCCAAAAUUAAGAGGAGUGUUUUGUGUCUGUUUAAUUGUUGUUUUCAGUCCAAUGUUUAAGUUCAUUUGAUACAUUGUCAAGUAGUGUGGAUAGGUGACACAGGCUUGUUUGGUUUGUUCUAUGGGUUCAUGGGAUUUUGUUAUUCUGCCUGGGAUGUUGGGGUGGAUCAGCUGCUCAGCAGCUCAUCAGGGAGAGUGCAGGCAGGUUUGCCUCGCUAUGUCCUCUUAGAGGGUAGGGACUGGGCACUGUUAAGAGUAGGAUGAAAUAGGUAAGAAGAGAAGAGUUAACAGCUUGCUAUGAAGCUGCAGUUUUUUUGUUUGGUGUUCUUUUGAUUCAGUUAAAAUGUAGAUUCAUUGAAUUUCCCGGGUUUGAUUUUGCCUUUUGUUUCAGUGAACUUUUGU